AUGCUCUCCAUCAUCAUCCUCCUUCUUGGAAUGCUGACUGACAUCGGCCUCGCCAGUGACCCUCAUUACCAAAUUCCUGGUUUUAGUGUGAACAUCACCAGCAUCGCGAGGAGCAAGUCAUGUAACAUAAGCGACUUUGACGUUGUUGGUGGCGGCCAGAUCCAGGUCGCCGACUGCUUUGCUAUCACGGAUGGCUUGAAUGGCAGCUUCAGCAUCGAGAUGUCGGAUUGGCGGGAAUCGACUCACUUGCCCGACCAGUACUACAAGCUUAUCGCCCAUGGAAGCUGUGAGAUUGCGGUGAAGAGGAUUGACGAAAGGAAAGAUACUACCUGGGUUGGUAGAUACGAUAUGGACAGCAUCAUCAAUCAGUCCGUCGAACUGGCAAAGGUUGGAGAUGGCGAUCGAGUCGAGACUGUCGAGGGACAGAUGAGUUGCUACUCAGCGGGACCAGAAAAAGCGCUUAUCUCGUGGUCCCUCCGACAGCCCAGCAAUGGCAAACUGAGGAAAUUGCUGGCAGGGGAAAACGGCGGCAGCAAGACAGCAACAUAG